AUGGCAGCUCCAAAGUCUUUGCAGCUUAGAGAUCCCACGCUUCUCAAGAACGCAUGUUAUGUCAAUGGUCAAUGGGUUCCUGCAAAGUCCAACAAGGUCUUUGAUGUCGAGAACCCUUCCACCCUCGAAAAGCUCGGAAGCUGUCCUGAAUUCGAUGUCAACGAUACAGAAGCCGCCAUCGCCGCAGCAGAUGAAGCAUACAAGACAUACCGCAAGACCCCCGCACGCCAGCGGUCCCGGCUCCUCCGCCGCUGGUAUGAUCUCAUGACAGAGAACGGGGAAGACAUUGCGCGACUCAUCACACUCGAGAACGGAAAGCCCUUGACCGACGCCAGAACCGAGACCAAAUACGCCGCGUCCUUUUUCGAGUGGUUUUCAGAGGAGGCCCCUCGCAUUUACGGAGAGACCAUCGAGGCUUCAAACCCAUCAUGCCGUCUCUCCACCAUCAAGCAGCCCGUGGGCGUCUGCGGUCUCAUUGCGCCAUGGAACUUCCCCGCUGCUAUGAUCACCCGCAAGGCUGGACCAGCCCUCGCGGCUGGCUGUACUGUUGUUAUCAAGGCUCCCGCUGAAGCUCCUCUAACAGCUCUUGCUCUCGCAGAACUGGCGCAUCGUGCUGGAAUUCCUGCUGGUGUCGUUAAUGUUAUCACAGCUCUUGGUAACACAGCUGAAGUUGGUCAGGUCAUGACUACACAUCCCAAGGUCAAGAAGGUCUCCUUCACCGGUUCGACAGGCGUAGGUCGUCUACUUAUGAGCCAGUCUUCGUCAACGAUCAAGAAAUUAUCCUUCGAAUUGGGUGGAAAUGCCCCCUUCAUUGUUUUCGAAGAUGCAGACCUAAACAAGGCUGUACAGGGCCUACUCGCUUCCAAGUUCCGUAACUCAGGUCAGACCUGCGUUUGCGCCAACCGCAUCCUGGUGCACCGCAGUAUCUACGACAAGUUUGUCCAACUAGUCCUCGAGAAUGUCAAGGGCUUUGUUGUUGGCGAUGGCCUGGAUGAGAAGACAACACACGGUCCUCUUAUCCACGGCCGUGCUGUAGCCAAGGCUGCCGAGCAUGUGGAAGAUGCUGUUUCCAAAGGAGCCAAGCUGCUACACGGCGGAAAGCGUCUGCCGGAUCUUGGACCUAACUUCUUCGAUCUCACAAUGUUGACUGAUAUGAAGCCUGGCAUGAAGAUCUGCGACGAAGAGACUUUCGGUCCCGUGGCUGCUUUCUUUUCUUUUGAUACCGAAGAGGAGGCCAUCGAGCUUGCAAACGACAGCGAUGUUGGUCUCGGAGGCUACUUUUUCAGCAACAACGUGAACCGGUGUUACCGAGUGGCCGAGGCUCUGGAAGUUGGUAUGGUUGGUGUCAACUGUGGUAUACUCAGUGAUCCUGCUGCGCCGUUCGGUGGUAUCAAGCAGAGCGGAUUUGGAAGAGAGGGAAGCAAGUAUGGCAUUGACGAGUUUGUGACCACCAAGAUGGUUAUGACAAAUAUCGAUCCAUGA